GUUUAUGGACGGGUUGUUUACAUACACCUAUCGUUUAUGGUACGGGAAAAUAUUUAAAUUGUAAGAAUAGCAAACUAUUCUAAUUCAGAGGUGUUCUGUGUGCGAUAGUCACUCGUAACUAGCCUAGCAGUGUUGCCUACCUGUUGGGGAUUGUUAUCUAACUUCAGACGUGUAGUUGAAAAAUUAUUAGGUUACGAAGCACAUGUCUUGCUGAUUAUUUACUUGAAUUCAGAGACAAGACUGUCUCUGCUUGAAAUAGUUAAUCAAAAACAUGGCAGCAAACGGAGAAGAAACCCCAAGUGAAAACACUGCGAAACCGAAGCCUAAAGUGGCCAGCAAGGAUAAGGCGGUGGUGAUAAAGGGGAAGCCAAAGUCUGGUCGCUUUUGGAAAACUGAAAAGACCAAGUUUUCCUCCAUCAUCAAGUCCAGGGGACUGAAAAGUUCGUUCGAAAAGAAGCAGGCACUCAGAGAGAAGCUGCAACGGAUAAAGGAGGAGUCGCGCGAACGAAAGGCCCAAAAGCAGGAGCAAGAGGAGCAGCGAAAGGAGCGACGCAGGGAAAAUUUGAAGAGGCGGGAGGAGAACCAGAAAAAGGCUGAAAUUGUGCAGGUGAUCACCAACACGAAGAAGUUGAGCAAAAUGAAGAAAAAGCAUUUGAGGAAUGUGGAGAAACGCGACACAACGAUUGUUUCCAAAUAAAACUUUUUAAUCGCUA